ACAGUCGUCUCCUCUGGAGUGAUAUAUAUCAUGGAACCACCUGCCCAGUCACUGCACCUAAAUCCUACUGAACUGCUCUGGGAUGAAGAAAAAAAAAAUGAAAAUCUCCAACUAGUGGAGAACAUCUAUGGAGAGGUUUACAGAAGACAUGGGAAAAUAUUGCAGCUGAAUGUUUGGAGAAAUUAACUGUUCAGCUGCUGAGAGUGUGUAAAUGAUAAGGGAGGAUUUUCCAAUGAGAAUAAAGUUCUGGAUAUUUAUAGUUUUGUGUAAAACCUAAAGGAACAUGCAUGUGUUUCAAAAUCAGACUAGGUGUUUCCACACUUUUUACAGUCACUGUACAUAUAUAAAAAUUAAGCCUAUUAAAUAGAAAUAAACACCCAAUCCCAUGACGCUUUUAUAUAUACUGUAUUUGGAUUGAAAUGAUUACUUUCCGGUUUUCUCCACAAGGUGGCGCAGUUGGAGCUGAUUUGUGAACAACUGGCACAGAUUUGUUUCCAGACCUGAUUCCAAAUCUUUUUCUGACCCCACGAGGUUACUCUGUGCUGAUGUAGAGAGUGAGUCCUGCACUAUUUAGUGCCCUAGUUGUUGGUUUGGGAGUGGUCCUGAAUGGGAGCCUGUUGUAAAGUGAAAAGAGAGAGAGAGAGAGAGAGAGAGAGAGAGCUGGAAAGUCAGAGACAGAGGGAGUUUUGGAGAACAGAAGUGCACUUAGUUGUGGUGUGUCCUUAAGUCUUCUGUUUGGUUUCUUUAAAUGCUGCUGCAGUUGUGAUUUGGUAUCAGUCGAUCCAGGGAUGGAGGGAUGAACAGAGGGCAAGAAGAAAAGUCUCUCACUGGGGGUUUUAAACAAAUACUCAUCUUUUUUUCACCUUCCAGAAAUGGACAAACAAAAAGUUCUGGCUCGGUUGAUUCCGGACCUGCAGGCGUUCCUCCUGGUUCUGGAUGGUGAGAACCUCAGCUACAUUGCUCAGGCAAAGAAGAAGUCCAUCUCAGAGCUUCUGUCCAAACUGCAGGAGAACAGAGACACAGCGGCAGUGGAGGAUGCAGAGUACAUGAUCAUGAAUUGUCCCUCUGGAGGUGCUGUUAACGACCUCAGACCAAACUCAGGCAGUGAUCCGGGUUUGGGUGAAAAUCCCGGCUUUACGUGGCCUCGUCGCACGUCUGUGGGUCCCGAGGUUCCUCCACGACCUCCUUAUGGGUUGGAGGAAGAUGAGGACUGUUAUGAGGAGGCGGAGCCUUUUAUUCCUGCCACUCAGUCUACAGAAAAACUGGACUCAGAGAGCAGUCAUUAUGAGUCGUAUGGUGAGGAAGAUGAGGAUGUCCCUGUGGACAGAGCUCACUACAUUCAUUGUGGCUCGUCUCAGCCCUGUCUGCGUCCCGUCCCUGAGUCGCGGCUCUGCGAGUACCUGUGGAGGAAGAAGUGGCUCAACCAUUGGACGCGUCAGCUCUGCAUUAUUAAACACAACUCGCUUCUGUGUUUUAAGUGCGCUAAAGAUCUCCAACCUCAGCUGGAGAUGGAGCUGAUGGGUUGCCAGGUUGUGUACAAGUCCAAACGCAAUAAGAAGAUGCAGUACAAGCUGAAGGUAGUGGGCAGAUCCGACACGCUCAUUCUGGGCUUCGAGAGCUGCAGCCAGGCAGAGGAAUGGAGAAAGGUCAUUGAGGAGCUUAGCGGCUCUUCAUACAGCGACCCGGAGUCCAUGGGUUCUUCCUACAUCCUGAAGAGUGAAAGACUGGAUUCUUGCAGGUCGAGCUCAGUCCUCCACACCGACUCGGAUGAGGAGAUCAUCUCUGCUCCAUCUUCUGCUCUCAGCAGCACAGAGAUGAAAAACUAUAAGGACAGAGGGUACCUGAAUGUAUUGAUGAAUUAUCAGUGGCAGACUCUGUGGUGUCGUGUGGAGGCCGGAGUUCUGAACCUGUUCAGUGACGAAAGCUGUGAAGUGACGCCGCAGUACACGGUGCAGCUCAGGGGCAGCGAGAUUCGACCCGAUACCACUCACACACACACACACCGCAUCACUAUCCUACAGCAUGGAGACCCGGUAGCUGUCCUAGAGGCGAGCUGUUUGAAUGAUAAAGAGCAGUGGGUCCAGCUCCUGCUGGAUGGGAGCUCCACUGAUGUUCUAUCUUCUAAUAAGCACAACAGUCACGAGUCGCUUAGUGGCCUGAAGACGCGGACGCUCCCCAAUGCCAACAUGUACAUGGACGACCCCUUUCAGCAGCUCAGUAGUUCAGUUCGAGAAUCUCCAAUCUACUGCAACACGUCUGACCUGGAGCACAUGUUUCAGAAAUCCCACUCUGGUGUUAAAGGAGGGUCCGAUUCUGUUGACUACAGCAACUGCGACAUCUUCAGAAGCAACAAUAAGAAAGUGUGUGAGGUGGAGCGCAGUGUCCAGAAGCUGCAGCUUGCUGGAAAACGGUUGCCGGUGAGAUCAGGGUCUGAGAUCAACCUCGUCACCGUGGGGGCAAAGCCGUCCAAACGCUCAUCCUUCAGACAGUCGCUGCUGCCCUUCUCAGACCGAACACCGGGAGGGUUUCUGACUCCUCUACUGCGUAGAACAGCUUCUGCUAAACUCUCUCUGAGACGUUCUCCCUCCACUCUGCUCAUCGAACAUGGACAAGUGUUUCACAGGAGAAAGGAGUGGGAAACGAAGGCUUCGGCUUGAUCUCGACUUUUCCUCCUCACCGUCCACAUUCCUGUCCUCUUAUUAUUAAUAUUAUUAUUAUUAUUAUUAUUAUGAUGAUGAUUAUUAUUAUUAUUACGAUGAUGAUUAAUUGC